UGGAGAAGCCGAGGCACCGCUACCGGCUCCGCUGAGGACUGAAGACAGACAGAGAGAGAACCGGAGAGAAAUACCGGGAUAACCGGAGAGAGAGAAAUGGAGACCGUGGAGCAGCUCGUGUCUUUCCUCCACAUUCAGGUCCAGUUGAGCGGGGGCGCGCCUUGGGGGUUCACGCUGAAAGGAGGGCUCGAGCACGGAGAGCCACUCAUCAUCACAAAAAUCGAGGAUGGAGGGAAGGUGGCGCUGUGCGAGAAGCUGAAGGUUGGCGACGAGCUGAUCAACAUUAAUGGAUCCGCUCUCUACGGCAGCCGACAGGAAGCAUUGAUCCUCAUCAAGGGGUCGUACCGCAUCCUGAAGCUCGCAGUCAGGAGGCGCAGCGUUCCCGUUAUCCGGCCGCCUUCCUGGCACCUGACGAAGCUUUCGGAGUUACCCCUCCCUCCCCCUCCUCCUCCUCCAUCACCUCCUCCUCCUCCACCCUGCCUUCCCCCCACAGACUCCCCUCCUCUCCCCCCUCCUCCCCCUCUGUCUGCCAUGCAGCUCCACCCCGGCCCCUUCACACUACCCUGGCACUCCACCGACAACAGUGACUUACAGUGGGGUCAGCUGUCCAGACCUUACUCCUCCACGGACCGAAGCAGUUCCCUGGGCUCCAUGGAAAGCUUGGACACACCAACACCCACACCGCAGACAUACUCUGACUCCCAUAUUUCCCCCGUCGACCCCACCCUCUUCAACAACAAAAGAGACUCUGCCUACAGCUCAUUCUCCGCCAGCUCAAACACAUCUGACUACGCAACGGUGCCACUAAGGCCCGGUGAAGCCUGCUCCAUGGAUAACCUCCUGCAGGGGCUGGGGCCAUCUUGUCAAGGCUACACUGUCGGUGAUACCUCGACCCUGGGGAGUUCAUCUAGCGAGGCCCCGGAUGACUUGCAGCUUAUUGUUCUCAAGUCCAGGUCGCUCACCAGGCCGAGAUCUAAAAACGUUGAGAUAAAAGAGAGGCCUUCCUCCUACUGUUAUGAGGAGGAGCGGAGGGGAGGAGACUUUGAGAUCAUAAGAAAUGGAGAAAGAGCAGCUGAGAGAAAGAUGAACCCUCCUCAGCCUCCGACCAGGAAGGACAGUUUUAGGGCAACUCGGAGUCGCCCGAACGCCGCCAACAAACGUUGCGUCUCUGCUCCCAUUGACCUUUCCAGCGUUCCCUUUUACCAGGAAGUCAAGUCCUCUCUGAAUGUUGAAUCAGGAAUUCAAAACGGCUUCCCUGCACCAGAGGAAUGUGGUGAGAAUUGUAAAGAGGAUACCCUGAACUCGCACUAUAUCCAAAGACAGACUGAAGACAUUCGACAUAUCCGAUGUGAUAUCAGUGCUAAUAAAGACUACAAUACAGAAACCACCUCAGAGACGUCCUCCCUAGUCCCCAUGACUUCUCCUUGUCCUGCCUCCUUACCUGCCGAAUCCUCCAUGGAUGUUCAAGAGCGAUCUCGUAUCACGCACUCAGAGAUCAAGCACUCCCCGACGGGGCUUCACCGGCACAGCGCCCCCGCUAAACUCCUCGCUACACAGCUCCAGUUAUUGGACUGUGAAAGUGACGGAUCUUCAUUGGAGCCUCGCAAUCCGUCGGAUACUUCUGAUCCCUCCUUGUCCUCGUCUAGCAGCCAGUGGUCCUAUUCAUCGCUCCAGCCCACGAGGGAAGACCAAGAAACUUCUCACAACCACCCCAACGGACCGUCAAAUAAAUGGGGAGGUAGCCGUUGCUCAACCCCGGGAUCUGUGUUCUUGGAAGAUGACGAGGAGAGGCGAAAUGGAACCACAGUUGAGCAUCACCACCCUUGGGGCCGAUCAGCGAGUGUCCCUGAGGACCCAACUGGAUCGUCAAUCAAGGGACAGUUGAGCUCAGACCAGAUACUUGAGAGAGAUUUCCAGCCUCUUAGUGCUGCUGCUAGUAUGGAUACUUUACUGGAAGAGCAGAGAGCAGUGGAUAGAGGUAACAUUGAGGAGAGUGUAGUAGGAGAGGACAUGAAGAGGUCCCCGGCGUCUAGGAACCAUCGCAGGAACCGCCGUCGCAACGAGCGAUUUGCGACCAACCUCCGUAACGAGAUCCAGAGGAAAAAGGCCCAGCUUCAGAAGAGCCGGGGCCCAGGAGGGUUGCUCUGUAGUGGGGAAACUGUGAAGGAGGAGGAAGGUCCAGACCUCAAUGAGGAAGGGGACGACCAAGACCUGCCUGUCCAGGAAAGGAUUACCAAAGUUGCAUUCGCCCGACCUGUUAGUCCCCAAAUAGAUGCCAUCACCACAGCACCGGUCGAGAAAGCAAGUGAUGUUUUGCAGACUCAGUCCACAAGCUACACUCAAGACAACAACCUAUCCAGGUCCGUACAGAUUCUGGACCCAGGAGUGCCACAUUUUGGUGUUGGCGUCCGAGUGGUGGAGGAACCGGCUCCUGCUGGUAAAGCCCGUCGCUGGCGUUGGACACCAGAGCACAAACUCCAACCAGAACCCGAAUCAGAACGACGGUGUAGAAUCUUGGAUAAGGAUCCGUUGGGACUCACAGGAUCACGGCAUGGGGUUUGUGCCUUCUCAUCUUCAUCCUCAUCCUCAUCUUCAUACACUCGGUCCUCUUCUCGGAAGGACGUGUCCGAAAUCCUUCCGUUUGCCGAUAGAAUGAAGUUUUUCGAGGAGACGAGCAAGAGCAUAUCCGGGCUUAAUAUGUCGAGUCGGAGGCAGAAAAAACCCCUCCAACAAUCGGAGCACCAGGGAGGGGAGAUUGGUCAACACCCAACCCAGAGAAGAUACUCCUACCAGGGGGGACUUCUGCAGGAAAGCGACCUCCUCUCAAACUCUAUGGAGGCCAGGAGGCUUUCUAUGAGUACCAGCAGGGAGAGGCAGAAGGAGAAGGAGAGAGAACAAGCGAGGGAAAGGGAGGAGAGGGCAAGGGAACGAGAUAGAGAAGACAGGCUGAGAGAAAGGGAGAGGGAAAGAAAAGAGAGGGAUUUGGAAAUGGAGAGGGCAAGGCUGAGGGAGAUUCAGCGGGAGAGGGAACGAGAGGAGAGGGUGAGACAGUGGGGAAGGGAACGAGAGAGAGAGCUGGAGAGGGAGAAGGACAUAGAGAGGGCCAGAGAGCAGGAACGUCUCACAAAAGAAAGAGAGGAAGUGCUGAAGAGGGAGAAGGAAAGGGAAGAUGCUCAGCUCAGCUCACAUCAGGAGUUGUAUGGCGUCAAAGACAGAAAUCAAGACUUCCAACACAUCUUCCAGCCUAAGCCUCAGACGUUCUCCCAUAGCCAAACCCAGAAUCAUGUCCCUCGAUCGGCUUUCCAUCCCGUCAACACCCCAUCCCAGCCAAUGGAGAGCCAGCAACCGCUUCAGCAGGGAUACACAGCGAGGAGCUACACACCCACAGAGAUGUAUCCCGCCCGGCAACAGGAAGCGGCCAAGCUGAACAGGAAGUCCAGCCUGACUGAGAGGGACUACUCCAGCUCCAGACCUCCAGAGAUCAACAGCCAGCUCCAUCAGGGUCAGAGGAGCCACAGACCGUCUGAUGGAGAAGAUCGUAACGGAUUCUCCUUCCCUCCUCCGUCGGCUCCUCUCUCUCUCCGAGGCCGAGCCAUGUCCGAAAACGACCUCCGCUUCGACAGCAACAACCAACGCUGGUCGCCCUCCAUUUCUGUCUCCACCAGCCAGACGCUGAGCGAGGUGGAAGAGGGAGGAGGAGGAGGAGGAGGAGGAGGAGGAGGAGGAGGAGUAGUCAUGGGAGGAGAAACUGCUAACACUUCACGGAUGAACAGGAAGAAAACCCCGCCUCCACCGAGACCUCCACCCCCAAAAUGGGAGCAGUUUCACCGCAGAAGGGCGUCUCACCACAGCCUUUUCUCCGCCUCUCCUCAAUCCAUCCCUCCAUCUUUAGACCCCACCCACUCCUCUUCUUCAUGCAUCCCUCCACCUCCUCCUCCAACCGAUACGUCCAGACAGAGGUCCUUCAGUCUUCCUCCACAGAGGCAGGAAGUGUCCGAAAACUGCCCGAGAUGCAACUGCAGCCAAACCCAGGCACUCUCAUCCAAUCAGAAUCAAGCACAAACGCAGGAGCACUCAUUCUUCCACGCUCUAUCCAAUCAGAAUCCAGCACAAACGCAGGAGCACUCAUUCUCCCACGCUCUAUCCAAUCAGAAUCCAGCACAAACGCAGGAGCACUCAUUCUCCCACGCUCCAUCCAAUCAGAAUCCAGCACAAACGCAGGAGCACUCAUUCUCCCACGCUCCAUCCAAUCAGAAUCAAGCACAAACCCAGGAGCACUCAUUCUCCCACGCUCCAUCCAAUCAGAAUCAAGCACAAACCCAGGAGCACUCAUUCUCCCACGCUCCAUCCAAUCAGAAUCCAGCACAAACGCAGGAGCACUCAUUCUCCCACGCUCCAUCCAAUCAGAAUCCAGCACAAACGCAGGAGCACUCAUUCUCCCACGCUCCAUCCAAUCAGAAUCAAGCACAAACGCAAGAACACGCCUUCUCGCACGCUCCAUCCAAUCAAAUGCCGCAUCAGGACCGGACUUUUACCGUAGCUCCGCCCAGUCCCAUGUUCUCCAGGAGGGGCUUCAGACCGGUGGCUCCUCCCCAGGCAGAGAGAGACCUGAUGGGGGUGUAUUCUCAGCAGGAGAGGGGGGAGGUUUUAUCCUCUCUACCUCCACCUCCACUUCCACCAAAAGAGAGCAGUAAGAACAGGGUAUCUGAGAUGAUCAUCAGCCCUGAGGAGGACAGAGUAACAGUGAAGCCUCUCAAAAAUCACUCUAACAUCAGACCUGGAGCAGAGUGGGAGAGAACUCCAUCUCCCAGAGUUCAUAGCGACUCAACCCUUCCACCUGUGAUGGAUAACGUCGGCGUGGAUUCCCCUCCUGAAUCCUACCUCUUCCACAGCAUCGAGCCCCAGAAGAUCUCUCUCGAACCAGGGAACGAAUCAGAAACCACCCUGAGCCCAAGUCCCGCCCACAGCCUGGACGCAGAGCUGGACAUCCCCAUGGAGACGGACAUCGACGACUUCCAGGAGGAGGACGUGCUUCUGGCCGAGGACGAGCCAAUCACCAGCAAGCUGCCGUGCUUCGCUCUGCCGGUGACGGUGCUGGAGACGGACAUCGACACGUUGGAGGAGGAGAGUGGAGGAGGGAGGCUGAGUCUGGAGGAGCUCUUCCCCCAAAACAGUGAGGGGGAGUCGGGUAGAGAGAGCUGGAGAGGAGCCUAUCAGAGCCCGGAGCACAACACCGACAGCCUGGAUAGGCGCUCCGGUGCGAGCUCCAGCUGCUCGUCGUAUUACAGCACGUCGGCCGCCAAGGCCCAGCUCCUGUCUCAGAUGAAGGACUUCACAGAUACCAGAGAGCGGGACGAGGACGACGAGCUCACCUACAAGAAACAGCUGAUGGAGAGCCUGAGGAAGAAGCUGGGUGUGCUGAGGGAAGCUCAGAGAGGACUGCAAGAAGACAUCAGAGCCAACGCCCAGCUGGGGGAGGAGGUGGAGAGCAUGGUGGUGGUGGUGUGUAAACCCAACGAGGUGGAUAAGUUCCGCAUGUUCAUCGGAGACCUGGAUAAAGUGGUGAGUCUUCUGCUGUCGCUAUCCGGACGUCUGCUGAGGGUGGAGAGCACUUUGGACACUUUGGACCCCGACACGGAGCACCACGAGAGGCUCCCCCUGCUGGAGAAGAAGCGGCAGCUGCUGCGUCAGCUGUCGGAGGCUCAGGACCUGAAGGACCACGUGGACCGCAGAGAGCAGGCCGUCAGCCGGGUGCUGGCCCGCUGCCUGACCCCCGAGCAGCACCGCGACUACAGUCACUUUGUGAAGAUGAAGGCGGCGCUGCUGGUGGAGCAGAGGCAGCUGGAGGACAAGACUCGGCUGGGGGAGGAGCAGCUGCGGGGGCUGAGGGAGAGCCUGGGUCUGGGGCUGGGCAUCGGCAUGGGGAUGUCCAUGGGAUACGGACUAUACUGACAAAUAAAACAAGAAAGGGGUCUAUGUUUUAAAGGAAUAGUUUGGCAUUUUUGAGAAAUACACCACUCAUGUCUGCCAAAUCUCACUUUUGAAUGUGUUAUAUUUUGGUUUUACAGGGAGAAUGUGUGCAAGAAUAAGUCUUAGCUGUGACUUCAUGGAGUCUUUAUGCUAAGCUAAGCUAAUGGCGUUCUCGUUGUAGCUGCAUAUUUAGCAAUCCAAAAUGUCAGACUAUUCCUUUAAGGAUUAAAAGCUUUCCAGAAGGACCACAGCUAAAACACACUCUGAAAGUUCUUUAUCAACAAGAUAACAGACUGGACUGGACUCUGCUUCACUUGAUGUACUGUAAUGAAACUCGUUCUAACACUACGUUGCCAAAGACAUUUCCUCUGACGCUGCUUUUUGUUCUGGUGUUUUCUUUUUUCUAUUUAAAUCUCCUGGUUCAGAGAAUUCACGGAGACUGUUGUGUGAGCUGCAGCAUUAUUAACUGCCAAUACGUACUCUGUAUUAUCUACCAUAGUAUCAUAUCACUUUGUAUUUUAGCCGUGGAGUUUGAGACUCCACCACCGACGCGUUAUACUGUCACGUGAUAACUGUUCAUGUACAGAAGACACUUGUGUUUAUAAUGUAAACAAUGUGUAUAUAGUGAUUUUGUUUUUUUAAAUGACUGGAAAUGCCUGUAAAAAUUGGUUGUAAAAGAUGAACGAGAAGACCAGAAAGAGAUUACUGUAUAUUUUGACUGAGAAGAGUUCGAUUAGUUCCAGUUUUUGUCGUUAGCUUGUUCAAAUAUUUGGUAAAGUGUAUUGCCCCUAGCUAGGUCCCAGUUUGCAUUGAAAUCCUACAUUGAAUAUUCACUUAAGACAGUAUUAAUAACACGUAUUCCUAUUCUUGUUGAGAGUUAGAUCAGAAGUUCAUGUCUGUGUGUGAGAUAUAACGCUACAGCCAGCACUUGUCUUAGCUUAGCUUAGCUUAGCAUAAAGACUGGAAACAGUGAGACAGCUUGCCUCGACGACAGUGUUUUAGGGCAAUUGUAGGUAGAACAAUUAUAAUUAAGGAGCGGGAAGGAUUUAAGUAAAUAUACAGAGAACAAAUCAGAGCUUAUAAUUGUAAAUGUGUGUUAUUUUUAAAUCCUCAAAUCAUACAUUUGUGAUUUUAAUCUCAUAGUUAAGCUGUUUCCAGAUUUCAUGCUAAGCUAAGCUAAUUGUAGUACGAUUUUAGCUUCAUGUUGAACAAAGACAUUAGUAGUGUCAAUCUUUGCAUCUAAAUCUCAGCAAGAAAGAAAAUAAGUGUUUUUUCCCCAAAUGUCAAAGUAUUCUUUUAAAACUUGAGUAAAAUGUAUAUUUUUUGUACAGUAAAGUGCCAAAACUCAAUCUAAUUUUCCCAUUUUUGUGAAAUGUUUGCCAAAGUUUCCAGAGCUUUAACCGGUUUCCCAAAACUCAGAGUAAAUCAAAUAAAGAAAAACAAACAAAAACUGUAGCUGAACAAGAGAAGGAAGGGGAGGAAAUGUGUAUACUUUGGCUGUUGAAAGGUGGACUGAGGUUAUGUAAAAAAAAACAGACGCUUAAUCAUUUCCUACUUUAACAAACAUGCAGUUUAAAUUGUAUUAAAGGUUACUGUUUUACACUUGUUCUUCCACAGUUUGUUCUCACAUAUUUCCUGCUUUUUAAAUACCAAACAACCCGGAAGUGAAGAUGUCCACUCGUUCGUUCUGUACAUAUUCUGUGUUUUCUUGUACUAUAAAAGCGAUUUUCUAAGUCGACUGGAAACGUUUUUACUUGUCAAGAUUGGAAAGAAAGUGGCUUGUUGUGAGUUUAUAUCUACUGUUCAAUGUCAUUUUGAUUUAUUAAGGACCUUUUUUUGUCUUCUUAAAACUGCAUUUCAAACUGCAAAAACGCUCACGUGAGAACGAGUACCAUAAAUAAUAAUAAUAGUAUUUUAAACAC